AUGCCUCGUGCUCAGAGAUCAUGGGCACCCUUCAUUGUGGACGAACCAUAUCCUACGAAGAACUUCACCAGGCUCAUUCAUGUGCAUCAGCUAUGGAAGGAAGCAUAUCUGGACUACAACUUCGGUCACGCCAUUUGGGAAGAGUUUGCUGCUGUUUUUUAUGUAAUGGAAAGGAUGAAUGAAGUUGAUGAGGAGUCAGUUAUCCUGCAUGCUGAUCAUAUCCCUACCCAUCAUGCAUUCGUACGACUCGAGAAGUUCAUUCGUCCUGUGUUGACACCGAACCCGAUUGUGGAGUUUCGCUCUUACAUUCGAUCGUUUAAAACACAGCACGUGUGUUUUGAUAGGUUUCUAGUCGGUGGUCAUCUAUAUUUGUUCGACCAAGCAGGAAGAGAAUAUCAUGAAGUGGAGCCACUUCUCUACAAAUGGCGUAACAAAAUAAUGAGCUAUUAUGGAAUUAACCCUCACCAUAUUCCGAAUAAACAUCAAUUCACUAUCGUCAACAAAACGUCAUCACACGUUCUUCCCGAAGGAAGACGAAAAAUAGCCAACUUAAAAGAAGUCGUAGACUUUGUACGAAUAACUUAUCCAAGAAUACCUAUCGAAGUAGUCCAAUGGCAACACAUUGGAAUUAUUCAGCAACUAGAAAAACUUACAGCCACAACGAUUUUAAUUACACCGGCUGGUGCUGUUGCAACAAAGGUUCCGUUUCUUCCACAUGGAGCUCACGCUAUUAUCGCAGACAAUUGUAUCGAUAGGGACUACUACGGUUUGAAAAAAGGACAAAGUGGAUCACUGGAACGUCAAUUUCUUCAACAUUGGUCUCAUGUGAGAAAACUUUACUACCAAGUGAAUGGACUUGACGAUCAAGUUUGGGACUACUCAGGAGCGUCAGAUUCACAAAAUUCUGCAUCUACGAUAUUUAAUUUAACGACCUUACGUAUGUUGAUUGACACCGCGCUAGAGAGUAUGCAGGCUUAA